GGAAGAGGGAGCAAAAGUCGAGAGACAGCUCCCAGUACUGCCUAAGCUAUGUGGGGGGAACACAAGGAGCAAUCUGGACAACCCCAGAAACCUUCUUACAAACAAGCGGUAAGUGGUAUAAGGGUGGGGGUUUUACACUCCAAUUUUCCCGAGACCCUACUCACAACGGAACAGAUGGAGAAGAUCCAGAGCUUCAUCCUGGAAGCUAUCGUGGAGGAACAGGAGGGUCCCUACUCUCCAAGAUUCUACGGUAUUAACAGGAGACAAGUGGUUCUAAUCUUCACCUGUGAAAACACCGAAACAGCUGAAUGGCUUAAAGGAAUGCAAGACUCCCUCAAGCCUUGGGAAGGGGCCAGUCUGAAGAUUGUACCAGAGGAAGAAAUCACUCGUGCGAGAAUUGCGACUGUCUAUCUUCCUGAUAGUAUACACGAAACUACCGACAAGAUAAUGAAGUUCCUAGAGGACAAAAUAAAGAGCUAUCUGUCGGAGAAUGGAAUGUUCUGCGUAGGAGCGAUGAGGGGAAGUCUGUUCUACUCACCCUGGCAGUCGACAGCGCUACAGCGAACAAACUUGAGAAGGAGGGUCCAUGGAUCGGCUACAAGUUUGGAAAAGUUCAGCUUAGACUGAAAAAGAAACACCAAGGAAACACAGAACAACCCACAAGGGAAGAGGGGACUUCAGAGAAAUCUGAGACAGUCACCACGGAAAAAAGCACCGCUGAAGAGAUGGAAGUGGAGGGGGCCACGAAGGUGUCAGAGCAAUCUGUACAUACCUUACCUGAAAGGUCUACUCCACGAGCCAGUGCAGUGGUCGAAGACGACAAACCAACCUGUUCUCUCUUCUUGAAGAGGGGAUCUUCUCUCAAAGGACCAUCCGUCUCGGCUCGAGGAAGAAAAGGGGACAAAGUCUCCAAGCAAUCCAAAAGAAGAGACGGGGAUGGACCACCUGUGGGAGGUGGGAAAAAGGCGUAAGUAUGCGCCUAAUACAGAUAAACCUACACCAUGCAAAGGGCGCAACUGACAUCUUGGGAAGAAGGUUUAUCUCAACAGGCCUGGAUAUCGCCCUAAUCCAGGAGCCUUGGAUCAAUAGAGGUUGCUUCAGAGGACUGACGACUCAGAUCUAAUAACAAGAGAUCUGGUGGCGGCUACAGUGAAGGUGGCUUCACUGCAAAGGG